AUGGAAGAUGCUGUGAAUGAGCUGAACCAGACAGUCGGUCUCGCAACUUUUCAGAGCGCGAAGAUGUUGAGUGAUUCUAUCCAACACAUGAAUGAAAGCAUCGACGAGCGGAUGAGGGCCAUCAAGCUAGACACAGAAACUAUCAUCGAACAAAACGCGGAGCUGAAAUCAAAACAAGACGCCAUGAUAGAAAUGCAACGAGGUUUGCUGGAAAAAUUGAAUGAACAGUCUCAAUUAUUCAGCACCACGGUUCAAAGUUUCGGAUAUGUCCAUAUGGGAGCCAAUUUUGGGAGGACUUUUCGAGUUAGUUUGCUGAAAUUCGACGUGGUGCGCCUCAGAUUGGCGCGUUGGGGCCAUUCUGCAGGACUGGUAAGCUCAGACGGCUUGGAAUCAUUCCAGGCUACAAAAUUAGCCUUCAAAAAUAGAGAGCAGGUUCACAGUCUUCUAGAUCAGAUUUUAGAAUUGUUUGCAGAUGCUAAAGUGGCUUCAAAAAAGUUUGAGAAACGCAAUGGAAUUUCCGCUACGCCAGCUCUGGAUCCAGCUGAAGAGCUAGACAGCGUCUCGGCGUUACUUCACCAGAAGAUGCAAGAUCUCGUUGAGAAGCGGCAGGGCAAGCUGGAGUUGGAGCAGAGUGAAUGGACUCUUCACGAGGAAAAAAAAUUCUCGCGGCUGAUUGAGGAUAUCAGCGAGCUGGUGGACGAUCUGAUUGACCUCUUUCCGGGAAUCCAAGAGGAACAACGCAGGCUAUGCGAGGAAGAAGUGUCUGAGAUGAAUAUGAACAAAGGCAUGCUUUUGCUAUUAAGAGAUAUUGCGGCUGGCCAGGACGAAUUACUGAGCGACACGGCUGCCAAAGCCAUCAAGCCUACCACCACCUAUACCAACAGUGUGGUAUUCUCAGGUAGCCACAACAGUGGCUUACAGAUAGGGAACAAUUCGGGCAGUAUUAGCGGUAUCAAUUUUAACCGCUGGUAA